ACCCUGAGUGUGCUGUAAGACUGGGUGGUCUGCAGGACGAGUAGGUGGAGCCUCUUUGCUCUUCUGCAUCACACCCGGCCAACGUUCUGAUCGCAGGGAGUGCCUCUCUGGCUGUGUAUCACACCGUACUCAGUUCAUCCAGGUCCAAACCUAGAUCUUGGGGUCAGUAGGUUCUCAAGAAACUGAGUUUAGUGUGAUUUGGUUGUGGUUGCGACACUCUACAAGGGACCCGUAGAUCAUGGAUCAACCAAAGUACCGUACAACUGCCAGCACCGCGGCGGCGGCAGACAAACUGGAGCUGUCAGGUGUGGAGGACGAGAGUGGUGCCCCCAUCAGUGCCAUGACCAUCCUGUCCCUGCUGGAGAGAGUGGCUGGCAUUGUUGACAGCGUCCAGGCAGGCCAGCAGCGCAUGGAGGAGCGUCAGCUAGAGCUGGAGAACAACAUCAAAACUAUCCAGGCUGAUGUGCUCAAGCUGGCGAAGGACCACUCUGCCACCAGCGGCACGGUAGAGAAGCUGAUGCAGAAGGCCCGCAAGGUCAGCGCCAACGUCAAGGACGUGCGAACGCGUGUGGAGAAGCAGAACGUGCGUGUCAAGAAGGUAGAGAGCACUCAGGAUGAGCUGCUUACCAGGAACAAGUUUCGGGUGGUCAUCUACCAGGGAGAAACUGAGAUCCCUUCGGUGGCGGUCACAAAGAAACCCAAAGGAGAAGGGUUGGCAGGCGUGACUGUGGAUCCAGACACCUAUGAUCCUCCCGCCGAUCUUUCUUCAGAUGAGGAGUACAUGGUUGUGGAAGAGGCCGACUCUUCCCGGGCUGCCCGCUUGAAGAAGACGGGCAUAAAAGGUAUUGAGAACAUUAAGGCGGCUUUCUCACGGGAGAACGUGACCAAGACGAAGGACAACCUGGGCACCAAGAUCAACCACCUGGGUGAGCGCAUUGUUCCUCCGGAGCGACGAGAGAAGAUGCACCAGGCCAGUAUACGGAUCAAGGAAUCUGGCGAGCGACUUAAAGAGAACAUCGCCAAAAAGGCGCCAACGAAGGAGUCUUUCCGCAUCAAGCUGAAGAAGGAAAGGACUGUGGCCGAGGGUCAGGAAGGGGCCGAGGGGGCCCCAGAUGCCCCUCCCAAGGCCCGCAAGUCCAGUCCCGAGGUCACCUACACUGAGGUGGUGACUGAAACAAAGCGCGAGGGUCCCAUUUCGGAGGUGGGAGCCACCAGGAUAGGAGAGGAGAGUAAAAUCCAGUUCACAGUGGAAGCCGUUGAUGAAGGAAAGGGUGAGACAGGGCCUGGGUAUGACAUCAAGCAACUCUCAUAAGAAGAAGGCUCAGCGAUGCCAUGGAGCAAACGGCAACAGUGCCAAAGUUACGGUCUGCCCGAAGGAGAAGUUCAGUGACACAUCUGUUAGUUUUUCCUUACGAACACACACUGAAGUUUCAAGGAAAUGUGUGUUUUGAGGAUGUAUUUAUUUUUUCAGGAUAAGAAGAAAGUUUGAGGUCUGGAAGGUCAUGUUGAAAGGUAAUCAUGAAAGAUGGAUUCUCACAAACAGCUCAGUUGGUGAAGCAUGGGGGUGAUUUUGCAGAACUGCUUCAAAGAAAACCCGUUUUCUGUAACAGUCAGAAUUGCGAUUCACAGCGGAAACGUUUCUGAGGGAGACAUAUCAGAUUUUUUUUUUUUUUUUAAAUAUUCAAGGACUCAGCUUCAUGCAAAACAGAACUAUUUGUAAAGCAAUAAACUUUGUACUGUUGACGGAAGUAUUAGCAUAUGUUGGGGCCCAAGGGGAUUUUUACAAGACCGGUAUUUUAUUGGAAAGCAGACGCCCGUAGUAGCAACAUGCUGGAGUGGGUGUCGUCGUGAAAGCGAUGGCAGGUGUGAAAAUGUGUUCUUCCGAUGCACAGCAUGGUUGAGGCGUAAAGUGUUUUGUCUGUGAAAAAAAAAGGCAGCAGCGUGUAACAAUGAUGGAAAUGUAUACUGUAAUUGUAAAUGAUGUGGGCGGCCGAUAUUAAAAUCCAAAGCGGAAUCUGUUGUGUUAAUUGACCAUUAUCACAAAUUUGGCUCAUGUAGAAUGAAGCUGUAGGAAAUCUCGCUCAGCUGGUCUGAGUAUUUGAAAUUUAUUAACACGUCAUAUUUUAUUAGUGGCGGUCUGUCAGUGACAUUUUCUCAUUAAACGUAGAGCAGCGGGGUUAUAUCUGCCCUCAGGUGUGUCCCACAAGAUUUUACAUGCAUUUUACGUACAUUUUGCAUAUGUCCUGAAACAUUAAAGUAUGGUCUUGCCUGUUUGAAAAGGGUUUGGUUAUAUUUUUAUUACACAGUCUGCUGUUUUAAAAAGUAGAUUUGAAUCUCUGCUUUCUGAGGUCACACUACAGAUUCUGAAAUGCGAACAUAUAAACACAGCUUUACUGCUUGAUGCAGAUUUUAUUAUAACUGUAUAGGUAGGCUUAUGGCAAUAGCGUGAUUCUUGCAUGUUAAUAAGAAAUGUUCUUCAUUUAACCUCGCUAAACGAGCAACUGCAAAUGUCUAAAUGUCCCUUUCAAACUUUAAACCUCUUUAAGUAUGAAAGCAGUGAAAUAAAUAAUAUAUGAUGGAUAUGACAUACUGUAGCAUGUUUUUUGUUGUUGUUUUUCUUGUGAUGAAAAUAUUGUAAACUAAUCUGAUCUUUUUUCCUCAACUUCUGUUUGUUUGGCUACGUAUCAUACAUACUUUAGCAAUAUAAUUCCAUAUAGCACUGUGGUCAAACAGCGGUCCAGCGAUAUCUUUUGCAAAUAAAAUAUAUCAUAUUAAAAAAUAAAAAUAUUAUAUUUUAAAAAAAUGUGCUGUUUACAUUUUCCAAAACAUAGAUAUACUCUUUAAAAUAACUGUCAUCAUCUUUUUUUUAUAAAAAAACCCUCUUAAAUUGAGACAAUGCAUUUAAAGUAAACAGUAACAUACUGUAUGUACUAGGUAAUUUCACGUAAUGCAUGUCUAAUUCAUUCUGUAUGUCAGUUAUUUUUUAAAAAGCCCAGUACCUCAAUUCCUUUUGUUAGAGCAAAAUUACAGUUGUUAUGGAAAUGAUUCAAUCUGUCCAGUAUAUGCAGAUGCUGUAUGAAUAAAGGCACAAAGCCAGUGAUGUCCAUUGUCA